AACGGUGAGGAAGAAGAAGCAGAAGAAGCAGAAGAAGAAGAAGAAGAAGAAGACCGCCGUUUCAUUGAAAAUUGACUGACCUGUUUUGCCUUGUUUUCACAGGCGUUGCAUGUUAUUAUCUUGACUUUACCAACCUGUUGAAGCAAAAAACGAAAUUACGUUGACUUGAGUACAGCUAAUGCUAAGGUUAGCUCAUGGCAGCUAACUACCCGCUGCAUGGUGUGUUAGCAUGCUAGGCGGCUAGCUACCAGGCCAUGUAGGGUUACUGAGCAGAUCUGCGGUUUCUGAUGGUGAAUCUCUAAAGUACCGUUUCAUAAAUUCAGAUAGAGGGACGUGUUUUGUGUAUCUGAGAGAAGAUGGAGGCUCCUCCUGUUACUGUCAUGCCUGUCACUGUGGGCACCAUCAACAUGAUGGAGUAUCUGUUACAAGGCAGCGUGUUGGACCAGGCCCUCGACAGCCUCUUGCACCGCCUCCGAGGUCUGUGUGACAACAUGGAGCCCGAGCCCUUCAUGGAUCAUGAGCUGGUUUACCUUCUGAAGGGCCAACAAGGCAACCCUUUCAUUCUGCGUGCCCGGCGCUCCCUCUCCCACGCCACAGCUCCGUGGCACCUGCGCUACCUGGGCCAGCCCGAAGUCGGAGACAAGAGCCGUCACGCCCUGGUGCGCAACUGUGUGGACGUGGCUGCCUCGCACAGCCUGCCCGAGUUCCUGAAUGAGAUGGGUUUCCGCAUGGACCACGAGUUUGUGGCUAACGGGCACAUAUUCCGUAAAGGCGCGAUGAAAGUGGUGGUCAGUAAGCUGUCGCGCAUCCUGGUGCCGGGGAAUACAGAGAACACCGAGCGGCUCUCGCUGUCCUACCUGGUGGAGCUGAGUGUGUUGGCGCCCGCCGGCCAGGACACCGUGUCCGAGGACAUGCGCAGCUUCGCCGAGCAGCUCAAACCCCUGGUUCACCUGGAGAAGAUUGACCCCAGCAAGCAGAGACACUGAGUGAUGUCAUUUAGGCGGUUAAAUCUCAUCUCACUGUCAUGGACGAAUCAGACCUCUCUUGCCUGUGAACUUUUUUUCAUCAGACUGAUUCUAACCCGAGCGACCGAGGACAGUUUUCUCUCAAGUACUCUGAUGAUACAUAAAGGAGAAAAUAAUACAAAUUUGAUGUGAGUCUUUCACUUCUGGUCAUUUUGCAAACUGAUGACAAGUAGAGUGUGAUUAUAAAAUAAAACUGCAUUCCAUCAGUUUGCACUAAAGCUGGGCCUUGUAUUUUUAAAAUUGACUAUCCACAACUUUUUUCAUAUAAAUAAACAUUUGUUGUGCUA